UUUUACGUAGAACUUUUGGGAGAAGAGAAUCAGACCCGCCGCGCCUCCCUCACUAUGGUGAAGUUUCUGAAACCAAACAAGGCUGUUAUCGUUCUCCAAGGACGAUACGCCGGUCGCAAAGCCGUCAUCAUUAGAUCAUUCGACGAAGGCACACGUGACCGCCCUUAUGGCCACUGUUUGGUUACAGGGAUAAAGAAGUACCCAAGCAAGGUUAUCCGCAAGGACUUCGCGAAGAAAACAGCCAAGAAGUCACGCGUCAAGUGUUUCGUCAAGCUCGUCAAUUACCAGCACUUGAUGCCCACGCGCUACACCCUCGAUGUGGACUUGAAAGACGUGGUUACCGUCGAUGCUCUCCAGACGAAGGACAAAAAAGUAGCAGCUUGCAAGGCGACUAAGGAGAGGUUUGAAGAGAGGUUCAAGACUGGAAAAAACAGGUGGUUCUUUACUAAGCUCAGGUUCUAGGCAUUUUAUUGGAACAAAAUGUCUAAUGUUUAUGUAGUUUUCUUUUGGAACAUUUUUGAAUUUAAGGACUGAUUUGAAUUUGUUUCGUUAAGAUAUUUAUGGGUUCUUAUUAUUGUUAUAUUAUCGAUCGUGAUUUGCUCGUUUCUAUAAGAAAUUUAACCUUUUGAACUAUU